GUCUAUUGAGUGUUAAACAUAUAACUGAAGAAAGUUUUCAAAAGUUUUUUUGUGUCAAUACUUUUCGCUCAUAUUUUGAGUCAAAAAUAUUUUUUCAUUUAAAACCAAACAUGAAAUCAUAUCAAUCGCUCGCUUUGGCCGUGAUUUUGGUCACACUGUCCCUUAUGGCCAUCGCCAGCGCCCAACACUUUGGACAUGGAUUUGGUAGUGGAUUUGGACAUCACGGGGGUCAUGGUGGCCAUGGUGGCAAGUUUGGGCACCAUGGCCAUCAUGGUCAUCAUGGUUUUGGACACGGAGGGUUUGGCCAGGGUGGCUUUGGCAAUGGUUUUGGUAAUGGAUUUGGAAAUGGUUUUAAUAAUGGCUUCGGAG